UGUUUGCCAGGCGUCGCCACUGGUACGAUUUGUUACAGUGGACGGCGAACAGUCGACGAUGUUUGGAUAGUAAAAAUCGCUCCAGGAAAUCGGGGGUUGGCUCGCGAGCAACCUGAAGUUGUCCGAAACAGCCGCUGGUACGACAGUAAUGUUUGCGCGCAUGGUCGCGAAAGUACAUUCGGCCUAUCGUGCACAACACUUACGUUGGCAGCUUACACAAACACAGCUUGUCUACACCGAUACGAAUGUUGCCCACAGUGGCCCAGACUGACAGCUGGAAGAACGCGAAGCAGGAGUGGCAGAUCAUGUAAGGGUACCUUGGCCAGACAGCGGUAGCUCGACAAUUAAAGGGCAGGUACACUGCUGAGAAUACAUCAGAACAGUUGACAGAAUAGGCAGAAGAAGGCAGAGCAGCGGGGGAGGGGGUGGGAGAGCAAAAGGCGGUAUGACACGUCCUCCCAAUAAUGACAACCUUAUGACCUUCAAGCUGGUCGUAGUAGGAGAUGGAGGCGUUGGAAAGAGUGCACUCACCAUACAGUUCUUUCAAAAGCUAUUCGUCACCGACUACGAUCCCACCAUCGAGGACAGUUACAUACAGCAUACAGAGGUAGACAAGCAAUGGUGUAUUCUGGACGUGCUGGACACAGCGGGCCAAGAAGAGUUCAGUGCCAUGCGCGAACAGUACAUGCGCAAGGGUGACGGGUUUCUGUUAGUGUACUCUGUGACUGACAAACAGUCCUACGAGAAUAUCAUGUAUUUCUACACCCAGAUACUCAGGGUAAACGACAGAGACGUGUAUCCCAUGCUUCUGGUGGCCAACAAGGUCGACCUGGUCCACUUGAGGAAGGUCACGGAGGAGCAAGGAAGGGAGCUGGCUCAACGUCUGGGUAUACCUUACAUUGAAACCUCUGCCAAAGAUCCACCGUUGAACGUGGACGCAGCAUUCCACGAGGUCGUUCGUAUUAUCCGAAAUCAGCCGCCGACCGAAUCGGAGAAAAACCGGAGGAAACGGAGAUGUUUGGGGAAAUGUAAUCUUCUGUAAGACGGGAGGAGAGUGUCAGAGGUGUCUGCGCACAGGGUCGCUUUCGUUCCGGAAAGCGAGACGCACCUGCCAAACAAAAUACGGAUCUUCUGUCCUCCAUCGUAUAUAGGUACUCGUGAACGAUUUUUCCGUUUUGUUUAUCCAUUCACCUAUUAUUUCGUAGCAUUAACGAGAGAUCGAUAUCCCCCUUCUCCCCACGCCUUCCCCCCUCCCCCCGUCCCCUGUAUAAUAAUUGUACAAAAUAGUAACGAUAAGAGAUGCAUUCGAAAGGAUAACGAAUGCCAUCCAUCUCCGAGGCGUGACUAGAUUUUUUAAAAACGAUAAAAUAAAACCAACUCAACAUCGGUUUUAAGACUCGAAGACAUAAGAAAAAGAGAGAAAACGAAGAAAAAAAAGAAGAUAACAUGUAACGAAAGAGAUUCGUCGGAGAUAUAUAUAAAUAUAUAUAUAUAUACAUAUUGACUGUUCAUCAUCUCGACAACACGAGACCCCGGUCUCAGUACGCGCGUACACAUCAAUUUUCUACCAUCGACGAAACACUAUGGAAUUGAGCGUUUUUUAUUGCACGAUGCAUACAUAAUUCUAGAGUGAGAAAGGGAGAGAUAGGAGAGUGAGUGGAAGAAAGAGCGAAAGUUAGAGCGAGAGAGAGAGAGAGAAUCUUUUUAACUUCUUCGCGUCUCUUGUCAUGAAAUGACUAUAAUGGUUUCGUAUAUCGACACGACUCACCUUUUGAACAGCUGUCGAGGAUUAUAGCUUUAAGCGUAUUUAUUUCCGUUCGAUUUCGAUUCAGCGACUCUUCCGACUGAUUUCCGCUUCGAUUUCGUCCUUACAUUCAUUUGUCUUGUUACUUUUUCCAAAGUGUCGAUUCCACGUUUCUGUCGGGCAUUAAUCGAACCGCUUGUUAACACACCAGAGAGUACCAUAGGUAGUGUCACGUAGCGACGUGAACAUGAUUUGCAAUCGAAGUCGUCCGUUCCCUUUAACGAUUAAAAGAAUCGCGUUCGGCGACCGGCGCCCGACGAGCAAACUAACAUUCAAGGAGAACAAAUAAAAAAAAAAAAUUACUAAAA